UGAAGUCAUGUAUGGAAAUCUGUGCAAUUUACUCCGAUUUCUUGGUUCAAAACAAGCCCAUUUCAUCCUGCUCUUCCUGUGCUUCUCCUAAGCCUUUUUAUUUAAGACUAGGUCACUACUCUACAUAUCGAUAAUUUUCAACAUACCUGAAAAUCUACAGAUCUAUUUUAUUCGAAUGAAGCAGUGAAGCUACAAGCGAAAUAUAUACUUACCACUCGCUAUGAAACUUGAGCAAAGUGUAUUAAACUUUUCCAUUGUGAAGAAAGCAUUUGAGCAGCUGCACAGUUAAAACCCAAUAAGGUGAUGGAAGUUUGUCCAGAAUGUCACUGACGCUUGAUUUACUGCCUCGAUUUUGAAAGCAGUGUGGGCUGGAAAAUGGAAUGAAAUGUCCCUUGCUAUCGGAAUGGUGCACUAAGAUAAACUUUCAGACGCUAAGACGAAAGCUACUGCAGGGAGCAGACCAUGUGCUAAUCACGCAUUCUUGUGGUCAAAUCAGAUGGUGAGAUACAGCCACUGACUCAUAACCUUCUAACACCACAUAUCUCGAUCCAUGCAUUGGCUUCAGUCCAACCCGAAGUUGGAGAGAGCCUUACCAUCAGGAGCAACUGAACUUUUCCUGCAUUUGUCAGUGCAACGUGGGCUGUGAGACAUAGGAAGCAAUUCAGAGCCUUAUCAUUGAGUCACAGAAGGAAAACAAACUCUUGGCAACAUUACAUAAAGCCAGUGAACUGUCAGAACAACUGUCAGGAGAAGCAGUAACUCUUUUUAUCCUGAAUGUAUGACCAAGCAAUUGAAUAGUCAAAGAACCAGAGACAGAAAAGAAGUUGGUUACAGACUGGAACCUUUUCCUUUUCUUUCCCCUGCAACAUACUCAGUUUUAUGAAGAGUUGAGUUGCAGUUAGAAGCCUUCAGAAUGCUAUCGAGUUAUUUGUCAUUUGUGAGUUGCGUUUGUGUUUUCCUGGCUGUGUCAGGGUUCAGCUCCUACAAUAAAGCCACAGACAAUUCAGAUAAGCACCAUCAUCGGAUACAGCAUGGGCCGUGCAGCUACACAUUUCUCCUUCCAGAGAUCGAGAACUGCCAACCUACCACAGAUUACCAUCUGUCCAAUUCUCUCCAGGGAGAUGCUCCUCCAGUAGUGGAGCCCAACUGGUCUCUAAAGCGGCUGCAACAACUUGAAGGCAUUUUGGAAAACAACACGCAGUGGUUGCAAAAGCUUGAAAAUUAUAUUCAGGACAGCGUGAAGACUGAGAUAGUGGAGAUCCAGCGAAAUGCAGUGCAGAACCAAACUGCAGCCAUGUUGGAAAUAGGAACUAAUCUCCUGACUCAAACUGCAGAACAAACUCGCAAGCUCACCGAUGUGGAAACACAGGUUCUGAAUCAAACGUCGCGUCUUGAAAUCCAGUUGCUGGAGAAUUCACUUUCAACAAACAAACUGGAGAAACAAAUCAUGGUGCAGACGCAGGAAAUUACCAAACUCCAUGAAAAGAACAGCUUUCUCGAGCAGAAAGUUCUGGAAAUGGAAGGUAAACAUGAAACUGAGCUUCAGUCAAUAAAAGCAGAGAAGCUGGAGAUGCAGGACCUGUUGGUGAAGCAGAGUACAAUUAUCGGGGAACUAGAAAAGCAGCUGAAUGUAGCCACCCAGAACAACAGUGUACUACAGAGCCAGCAGCUUUUAUUAAUGGAGACUGUUCACAAUCUGCUGAAUAUGGUCUCCCAUGGCGACGAAAUUAAACAGAUUGCCAAAGAUCAAGUUACAUUUAAAGACUGUGCUGAAGUGUACAAAUCAGGAUUUACUACAAGUGGAGUCUAUACUCUACAUAUCAUCAACGCAACAGAAACAGUGAGGGUGUUCUGUGAUAUGGAGAUCAAUGGAGGAGGAUGGACAAUCUUCCAGCAUCGUGAAAAUGGGAACAUAGACUUUCACCGUGACUGGAAAGAAUAUAAACUUGGCUUUGGAGAUGCCUCGGGUGAAUAUUGGCUCGGAAAUGAAUUUGUUCAUCUUCUAACCAGCCAGUCUCCUCAUGUUCUGCGCAUUCAGCUGAAAGACUGGAAUGGAAAUGAAGCAUUUGCUACCUUUGACCAUUUCCUUGUGGGAAGUGAGGAGGAAAAAUAUCAGCUCCACAUAAAGGGUUACAGUGGAACAGCCGGGAGAACCAGCAGCCUCAGCCCCUCUGGUACAAAAUUUAGCACCAAGGAUGCUGACAAUGAUGAAUGUGGCUGUAAAUGCUCCCAGAUGGCAUCUGGAGGAUGGUGGUUUCAGGCCUGUGGCCCUUCUAACUUGAAUGGUAUGUAUUACUCAGGCGGGAUGAACACAAUUCGCUUUAAUGGGAUCAAGUGGCACUAUUGGAAAGGUUCGCAUUAUUCCCUCAAGUCCACCACAAUGAUGUUCCGGCCUGUAGGUUUCUGAGCAAUGCAUCGGCAUUGCUUUUCGGAGCAGCUCAUGGAAUUCGCCGUCAAAUGUACAGGAUACUGUGCAUCCGCCACAUAGCCACUGAUUAAAGAUUUUUUUUAAUUGUUUAGUGCACACUGGUGGGAUAUAAAUAUUCAAGGCUUCACCACCACAGCUAUAAACCUUCAGCCUGCAGUUUGCUACAAAAUUUUUUUUGAUAAAAGCUUUGUUGCGUUACUUCAGUGGUGAAAAGAUUGACAAGGACACUCUCGGCGGAAAGCUAGAAGGAGAAUAUUAAGUGACUUGCCAUUGAACUAGUUCAUGAAAUAGAAAAUCCCCUUGGGCCUUCUCCUGUUCAACUCGAAUGAUGCAAAGCAUGUGUUGCCCAUUGACAUAAUCUAGAUUCAGGGCAAAGUAUAUCUGAAAGUCUUCAUUCUUUGUCAGCUGCCUUCAAUGUUGUCUUCAAUACAUCAAGCUUCACACAUACUUUCUCCUUCAGUAGCUUCUGAGGCAUAUGACCAUUGCAAAAGCAAACAAUAGUGUGAAGGUGACGUGUUUAAUUAUUUAACGUACAGAAAGUAUCUUGUUGUGCUUCCCCAGUAAAUUCUUUGAGAGAUCAUUGCAUAUUUACAUUAUUAUGUUUACCUAUCUAUGGAUCUUCCGUAUUUUUGAAAACAGCCUGUUUCUGAGUAGGCUAAGUUACUAUGGCAGCCAACAUAUACAGUCUUUUCCAAAAAAAAACUCCAGUUGUUUGUUGGCUAUUACUGCCUAUUUGCAUUCUAACAGAUGUCCUAUUUUCUGCAUGCCCAGCUGUUUGUAUCACUGCACUUUUGACAUCUUUGUUUCUUUUUUCAUUAUAGUGAUGAUUAAAUCUGCUGUAUGUAGAAAGCCUGGUGCCAGACCUCUGUAUAAAAACAUGGUUAAAUAUCUUUCAGUGCAUGAAGGCUUGGUCACUUUAUUCUUUUGCAAUGAGCCUCUGUUGGACAAUUUGCUGUGAAAGCUUCUACUGCAUGUAUUGGUACUGAGGAAGCCUAUCCAGUUCAACUGCGGUCCAGUUUUGAGAUAUCAUUGCUUUUGCAGUGCACAGCUGACUGUAAAAUUGGUAAUUGUGCUUCUGACAAUUACCCAUUGCUCCUCACAUUCUCGUCAAACAAAAAGCCAAAAAUUGGGGGAAAGGGCGAAGGUUAUUAUCAUGGUCAAAAUAUGGAAUGAAAUUCAAAUGUUCCCAAAAAAUUUUGGUUGGGAUGGUUGCAUCUGGCUACACUCUCUUAAAUCGUCUAACUUUUGCUUGCAUACCAGCCCCUUUAUUGUUGCAACAAAUGUGGGCCACCUGUGGUUUUAUAGUAUUACUGUGAAUGUGAAAAAUACAUAAUUUUGACUGCUUAAGAGCACACAAAUUCUGAAUCAUCCUAAGUAGCAAAUCAAAAUAAUGCUCAUAAAAUGCUAAAGGUGAACAAAUACUUUUUGUAAGAGAGAAGGAACAAACAUUGCUUGAGAUCCAAGAUCUUUUGAUUUUAUUCUUUUGAUCAGUAAAAGUAAAACAAACCUAUUUCUUCCAUAGAUAGUAGGAACUGCAGAUGCUAGAGAAUCUGAGAUAACAAGGUGUAGA